UGUAAAGACUUCAGAACUGGAGUGAAAGAGAGUAAAGCACUAAAUGUUUAUUUUCCAUGUCUUGUUCUCUCUGAAGGCGUGGUGGAGGAUGGAGCUGGAGGACAGGAGACUCAGUCCACUUCCAGUCAGACCCGGGCCCAGAUCCAGGGCAGCAGAAGACCCCCGGGCGGCAGCAGCCGAGGAGUGGAGGAGCAGGUGGAGCCAGAUGUGGUGCUGGUGAAGGUAGAAGAGGGGGAGCCAGGGAGCCAGACAGGCCUCAGCAUACAGGAGGGGUUGGUGGAGUCGAGCACCGACGACUACAGAGCUGUUCAGCCGUUUGAUGACAUCACACAAACCACCAAUCAGCUGUCCGACCUGCAGGAGUCAAGGCCGGGCUUCUCAGAGUCUGCAGCCCCUCAGUCAUCGGCGGACCCCUGCAGUGUGGCGGCGGUCCAGCUGAGGGUACCAGACACCAUCUCAGCAGCUACCUCCAGAGCACAACAACAGCAGAGGUCCAUCACCAGCACCCCCCUCAGCUCUGAGUACUCUCUGUUUGAGCUGGAGACCUUCUUCACCCGCUGGGCCCCCGACAGUGACUCAGCCAGCAGGGGCCCUUCAUUUCCUCUCCCUGCUGAUGACUCAGCAGAGUGUGACCAGGAUGCAGUUAUCAUAGUAGAGAGUGAAACACAGCCUCUACCUGUGGCAGCACCAGGCUCCGCCCCCUCAGCAGCGAGGUUGGGUGUGUGGCAGAGUUCCUCCUCCAAUCACAUCCAGCCGUCUGUGUCACAUG